CUUGUGUUUUUUUGUGGCCAUCUUGGAGGUUUUCAUCGGUGUUUCUGCCUUCACAUUAAUUACAAAGGUUUCCCGGUCAGAUCAAUUUAUUUAAUUUAACGUCUGUUUCCGAUGAGAAUGGGCUGAGUUAUGCUCAAUUUUACGCUUCUAUCGAUUGAAGGAAGUCCCGCUGAUUCUGAGUGUGUAUAGUGGACGCAGCGCGUGAGUUUUAGAGAGAUGUCUGCCGCAGAAGAAGCGCACAGUCCGGACAUACUCAACCAGUUUGAGCGGCUAACUGGAAGGCCCCCGCUAAGAGCUGCAGGCUCUAAGAAGAGAGUUUGCUGGCUACAAGCUCGAAGAAUCCUGGGCCAACCCUGCCCCAGUCUACGGAUCCCUUACAGGUUUUUAAGAGAAGGUCACAGAGCCCCUCCGGCCCGAAGCGGCCAUCGCUGUGUAGCAGACAACACCAACCUUUAUGUGUUUGGAGGAUACAACCCUGACUACGAUGAAUCGGGAGGUUCAGAAAAUGAAGAUUAUCCACUCUUCAGAGAGCUGUGGAGGUUCCAAUUUGCCACUGGGACGUGGCAACAAAUCCGCACAGAGGGUUUUAUGCCCACCGAACUGGCAUCCAUGUCAGCUGUUUUGCAUGGAAACAACCUGCUUGUGUUCGGUGGGACCGGAAUACCGUUCGGUGAAAACAACGGAAACGACGUUCACGUAUGCAACGUUAAAUACAAACGAUGGUCCCUCCUCAACUGCAGGGGCAAGAAACCUAAUCGAAUAUAUGGACAGGCGAUGGCCAUAAUCAACGGCUUUUUGUACGUGUUUGGAGGUACAACGGGCUACAUCUACAGCACAGAUCUCCACAGACUGGAUUUGACGACACGCGAGUGGAUUCACCUAAAACCUAACAAUCCUCCGGAUGAUCUACCUGAGGAGCGAUAUAGACAUGAGAUAGCUCAUGAUGGACAGAGGAUAUAUAUUCUUGGUGGUGGAACCUCCUGGACCUCCUACCCAUUAGACAAGAUACACGCAUAUAACCUCGAAACAAAUUCCUGGGAGGAAAUCGCAACGAAACCUCAAGAAAGAAUAGGAUACCCCGCCCCCCGGCGAUGUCAUAGUUGUGUGCAGAUUAAAAAUGAUGUAUUUAUAUGUGGCGGUUAUAAUGGUGAAGUAAUACUUGACGACCUGUGGAAGAUCAACCUGCAGACGUUUCAGUGGAAUAAACUACCUGCGGUGAUGCCCGAACCGGCGUACUUUCACUGUGCUGCUGUUACUCCGGCCGGCUGCAUGUACAUUCACGGUGGCGUUGUAAACAUCCACGAGAACAAGCGGACUGGUUCUUUGUUUAAGAUCUGGCUGGUGGUGCCCAGCCUGCUGGAGCUGUGCUGGGAUCGUCUGCUCAAAGCCUUUCCACACCUGGCCCAACUUACUCCAAUACAGCUGCUAAAUUUGGGCCUUACCCAGGAACUCAUUGAACGUUUGAAAUGAAGAGGAGAGACUGAUUGUAUGUGUAUCGUUUGUGAACCUUUUUUUAUUUUAUUUUGAAGCCGAUCACGGGCAGGACAACACGAAGAACACGAAUGAUUCAGAGGGACCCCAUUCCGUUUCUACAGGUGUCCUAACACAGCCCGCCUUAAAACCAAAAACUAUAGGAUGCCUUUUGAGUUUUUUUUGCAUAUGCACCUUUUAAUUAUUUGACAAACAAAACAUAAAUAUUCAGUAGAGAAAAGGAUUUCUCAAACACUAUGGGUCAGUGACCUUGUUUUUUUUUGUCUUGAGAUUGUAAUAUUGUUAUUUAUUGGCCUUCAGUAGCUGUAUGGGGGGCACGUCGAGAUGUUUUUACUGAUUUAUCUUAAUUCUCUGUCAAAUAAUUAUUUAAGUUUUAUGAAUCGCCACAGCACGAAUAUUUAAAUUAGCAGUGAUGUAAUUAAAGUUAAUUAACUUCAAUUUCUCAGUUCACUACUGGUUAUGCAGAACUGUUGAUGCCUGGGAUUGUGUUAAAGGUUUUACUUAUUUAUGGUGCAAAUCAGUGUUGAAGACUUGAAUGUUUUAGCUUUCGAUAGCCGAGUUUGUCAGUGCAGUCUUGUAUGCUAAUGUCAACUUUUGUUUUAGUUGGACACACAAUUCCUUUUCAGAUUUGCAGAAACGUCUGCAUGUGAGGCACAACCACGGAUGUACCAAGUAAUGUACGAUGUCAAAGCAGAGCUGUUUCCAUAUUUGUCACCCGAAUUUUGUAAACCAAUCCCUGCAUCACUGUGAACAAAGGUGCUCUUUAAUUUCCUUUUAAUGCUUUUACUGAAAUAAAAUCUACUUAUUUUCUUUAAA